AUGGAUUAUCAGAACCGCGCAGGCUCCAAGUUCGGUGGCGGUGGUGUCGCAUCGCAAUCAGCCAGCAAUGCAGACCGACGCGAGCGUCUACGAAAACUCGCCCUCGAGACGAUAGACCUCGACAAGGACCCUUAUUUCUUCAAAAACCAUGUCGGCAGCUUCGAGUGCCGACUAUGCUUGACCGUCCACCAAAACGACGGCUCGUACCUCGCACACACCCAGGGCCGCAAGCACCAGACAAAUCUCGCCCGUCGCGCUGCGCGAGAACAAAAGGAAGGCAAAGCUGGCCAGGAUGGCGUUAUGCCGGGCGCCAUGGGUGUGCAAGUGAAGAAGAAUGUGGUCAAGAUUGGUCGACCGGGUUACAAAAUCACCAAGACGCGCGAUCCGAUGACCCGACAGUUAGGACUACUGUUCCAGUUGCAGUACCAAGAGAUUACUCCGGGCAUAGUGCCCCGAGUGCGGUUUAUGUCUGCCUUUGAGCAGAAGAUUGACGAGCCGGACAAGAAUUUCCAGUAUCUCUUGGUUGCCGCCGAGCCAUAUCAGACUUGUGCUUUCAAGCUUCAGGCUCGUGACAUUGAUCGCCGUGAAGAGCGAUACUGGACUUGGUUUGAUGAGGAUAGCAAGGAAUUUUGGGUCCAGAUCAUGUUCAAGACGGAGCGUGAAGAGAGAUAUAGCGGCGUGCCUGGGUUGGCACCUCGUCCCUAG